CAUACUCAGUGCAGCGGAAGAAGGAGAUGACACGGAGUGGGUUCACUGUACUCCAGAGUAAUCCGAGUAGAGAUUUCCAUCAAAUACUGCUCAGCAGGAAAUAACCAUUAAACAAAACGGCCUUAUCACCCUCUCGCAGGUAGUCUCUUUAAUUAACUGCGCCUAUACUCUCCCAGCCGCUGUAACUCGGGGGGCUUUAAGACCCGGCAGAGGUGCCACAGUGAACAUCUGUCGCCUCGUCUCCUCACUAUGAAUGCGCUGAGCUCCGGUCUGGAGACAGUCAGCGGCGGCAGGAGGAGAGGAGAGGAACCGGGACGAGAGCAGAUGGACGAUGAGAGAAAGUAGAGCCGGACGCACUGAGCUGCAGGGAUAAGACGGAGCUCCGCAAAAUGAAGACACCUAUGCGCCAUGGGAUAGCUGUGGUCCUCGUGCUCCUCCUGUGCGCGAGCUUGUUCCUAGUGUACAACGGAAGCUUCAACGGCACUUCUUCCAGGGACGCUAACGACACCCACACACACACCCACACACACACCCGGCAGAAUGAGCAGCUGCGUCGGCCCACUGAAGCACCCCCCAGGGCCAGGCCUCACCCCCCCAUCCUCCAGGGAUACAGUGGCAUCAUCGACCAUAAGCCUCCCAGGAUGCACUGCAAGACCUGCGCCCUGGUGACGAGUUCGGGUCACCUGAUUGGAGGAGGUCGGGGGGAAGAGAUCGACCAAUCGGAGUGUGUCAUCCGGAUGAACGACGCUCCCACCGCCCGGGGUUUCGCCCGAGACGUGGGCCGCCGCACAUCCCUGCGCGUGGUCGCUCACUCCAGCAUGCAGCGCGUCCUGAGGAGCCGCCACGAGCUGCUGAACGCUAGCCAGGACACGGUGUUCAUCUUCUGGGGCCCCAGCAGCUACAUGAGGAGGGACGGGAAGGGCCUGGUGUACAACAACCUGAGGCUGAUGAACCAGGUGCUGCCCAAACUCAAGGUCUACAUCAUCUCCUGGCAGAAGAUGCUGCAGUUCGACGAGCUCUUCAAGAAGGAGACCGGCAAGGACAGAAGAGUCUCUAACUCCUGGCUGAGCACCGGCUGGUUCACGAUGACCAUCGCCCUGGAGCUGUGCGACCGGAUCAACGUGUACGGCAUGGUGGCCCCCGACUUCUGCAGGGAGUCGCAGCAACACUCCGUCCCGUACCACUACUACGAGCCGCGGGGUCCAGACGAGUGCGCCAUGUACAUCUCCCAUGAGCGCGGGCGGAGGGGCAGCCACCACCGCUUCAUCACGGAGAAGAGGGUCUUUGCUAAGUGGGCUCGGACUUUUGACAUCCACUUCUACCAGCCGGACUGGACACCCCCUCCUCUCCCAGCCAACCAGACUCUAGAAGCCACAGCCACCGCGGCGCCCCUGGUACCCCAGAAGACGUGACCUGUGUUGGGAGGGAGAAAAAUACUUUAGAGAUUCAUCUAGGAAAAAGUCUAAAGAUGGGGAAGUGUUUGCAUUGAAGGCUGCUGGACACUUAUCAGAGAAGGAUGAAACAAGAAGAAGGCAAGAUAUAGUUACCACAGAAGAAGAAUCCUGCUGGAUGUUUGGUGCGAACAUUUCUCCAGCUCCAUCAGUGUGUUUGGUUCACUGAGUUCAAAGUUAUACAUCCAUUGUACAACCUUGUAAAGUGAUUGUAUACAAAGA